ACCUGUCAGGUGCUGGCGAAGAUCGACAAGCCAGGCGGCGAAGUCGAUCGCGUGCCUCUCCGCGUCCAGACAGGGGCAUGGCGUCUGCCAUCGCUCAACCACAGCGGCACCGGGACAUAGCGGCACAGCAGCACAGGGAGACAGGGGUACAGCAGCACAGGGACUCAGCGGCACGACGGCAGGAGUCUCCGGAACUGAACCAAAAGGAAGGCCGAGGAGGUGGGGCAAGAGGAGUCGAGGCGCACAAGGGGCCAGCAUGUGGAGAGAGGCCGGCAGGGCGCGUGGGGCCUGAGGUGUGCAGGAGAGAGGCCGGCUAGGUGGUAGGGGCCGCCUAUAACUUCUACAUACUAACAUAUAAGUUGACAGUUUGAUCAUUGCUUUGCUUGCCUUUUAAUAAUAAUUGCUUUGCAUUCCUCCCCUACCCCCAGGACGAUGUGGAGCAGCCAUUUGAGGGCGAGCUGAAAGAGUGGGGCGCCAUAGUGGUGCGGGUGAGCUACAGCGACAUCCCAUGGCUCUUUGCCUUCCCGCGCUCCAUCCCAGACGCACAAGUGGAACGGACGCACGCUGCCGGCGCUGCUGUGUCUACCUAGCACCCCACCUCCAUCAAUGGCUGCUGGUGAAGCCAGGUUUUGGAAUGAGGGAUGGCAGCAGCCUUGCUUUGGCUACUCCCAUUCUCGUAGGUGGCUUCCUGGCUGCAAGUGACCUGUAUGCACUUGUCGCCAGAGUCACCAUCAUAGUCACAAAUGGAGAGCUGAAGACAAUGCUGCUGGCGACGCUGCUCUUCUCGCUGACGUCACUGAAGUCACUGCUGCACAUGAUCUCACUGAAGUCACUGCUGCUUGUUGUGCUGAGCGGGACCAUGGAGCUGACCUCCAAGCUAGGUGUGCUAGAGACGUCGCUGCUCGUGCUGCUCUGAUCAGAAUCGUCGUGCGAAUAUUGUACCUCAGCAACCGAGCAGCGAGUUGACGAGAACAGCGGCACACGGACCAACGUCUGCUCUCUAAGCUUCCACAUGUUGAGCACUUCAGCGAACGAAGGAUUCACAGCGACUGCUGCCAUGCGAAACAGAUGCUAGAUGAUGGGGGAGGAGAAAAUAGCGGGAAAUCAGACAACCUGAGAGCACUACACUACAGCUGGAGUGGUAAGAAGACUCGGGAGCUGAAGUGAAGCUGUGCGCUGGAUAGCUAGAAAGUAAUUGGAACAAACUGGACUGAAGAUGGCUCUGCUGGGUCUGCGUAUUUCUAUGUGAGACGGAGGGAGGAAGCACGAGGAAGAAGGCAUGGAGAGGGAGGAUUGAGCGGAGAGGGGGCAAAAGGUUCGGGCAGAAUAAGGGUUCCUGGAACUCUUACCUGAGUGGCUCUGACAAUCUGGAACCUAAAGGUACCAUGCUGCCAGGCCUAAAAGUUUUCACGGCGACUACAUCGGACGUGAAUCUGCUGGCGGAACGAUUUCCGCGGCAGAUUCGGGCGCGCGACGAUGGAACCGUUUCUUCCGC